CAUCACACCGACUUGUAGAAGUAUCAAAAUAUCAACACCAGGAUGAAUAUGAGAAAAUACAGAAAUUGUUCAGCAAGACACUUCCAGAAGGAAAUAUCACAAAACUCGAACGGGUUCAAAAUUAUAAAUGUUGGGAUACAUAUGCACGGCAAAAAGAAGUCAUGAUUAAUAAGAAUGGCUUUGAUAAAGAGCUUCAACUUUUCCAUGGCACCACAGAAGAAAGUGUUGACGACAUUUGCCGCGAAAAUUUUGAUUUCCGUCUGAGUGGAACGCGAGCUGGUGCUGUUUAUGGUCAAGGUGCGUAUUUCGCAAGAAAAGCCAGUUAUUCUAAUCACUACGCAGGAGCCGAUGCACACAACAUAAAAAAAAUGUUUGUAGCACGAGUUCUUGUUGGUAGGUACACCUUUGGAACAAAGGACAUGCGAAGACCGCCGUAUGUAGAUCCUUUGGAUAAAACAAAAGGAAUGUAUGAUUCUUGCGUCGACAACGCAAGUGAUCCAAAUAUCUUUGUGAUAUUUGAUACCCAGCAAGUAUAUCCAGAAUAUCUAAUCACAUAUUUCAUACAACGAUUUCCUAGUAGUGGCAACCACCAGGCAUCAAAUCAGUUUAACCCAUUACCUUCCAGGCAAUCUUUAAGAAGUGUGGUUGGUGCCAAUCAAACUGUGUAUAAUACCAACCAGCAAUCGUCAAACCCUCCUAGUGCCCAAUCACCCCAUAGUAGUGUCAACCAAUCUCCAAAUAUUUGGCCUUCGAUACAGUCAAUAAAAAAUACACUUAAAAACAUUAAUAACUAUAGUAAUGAUGCUUUCACACACUUACAAAUAUUCUCAUUGUUUUUGUUAUUCAUCAUAUCAAUUUCAGUAUUAUUAUUUUAUACUCCAUCUUCUAUUGUUGUUACAUAUCUAUUAUUUUGCUUAUUGACAUUCGCCGUGAUUUAUAUAAAGGAGAUGAAUGUCUGGCCAGUGUCUAGGAUUAUGAUAAUACUAAUACUAUCAUUUUUUUUAUUAUUAUCAUUAGUAUUACAAUUAUUUACGUAUGGGUUACAAAUAUUCUUGUCAUUUUCUUAUAAUUAUUUUUCUAUAUAUAUACUGUUUUCCAUUUUUAUAUCCGCCAUGAUCUACGCAAAUGAAAUGAAAAUUGAUGUCAAGUUUGUUUGCAAGUGGGUAUUAUUAUCAGAAUUAUUAAUAGUAUUAUUGUUACCAGUAAUACAGUUAUUUCUAUAUUUAUUUAUACUAUUAACUUCAUAUUGUUACAAUAAUUUUGGUAUAUUGUAUCUUAUGAUUUCCAUGGUGAGGUUUACCAUUUUAUAUACAAACCAGAAUAUGGUUGGAGAAUAUAAAUAUAAAUGUGGUUUAAUAUCAGAAUUAGUCAUGUUAUUAAUGUUACCAGCUUUACCAUUAUUUCUUUAUGUAUUACGUAUACUAUUAUUGUGUUGCUAUAAUAAGUUUGUUAUAUAUAUUGGCUUAAUGUUUUUAAUUUUGAUACCUGCCGUGAUCUAUGAAGACAAGAUGAAAAUAAAGGACAGGCAUGUGUGUAAGUGGGUAUUAAUAUCAGAAUUAUUAAUAAUUUUAUUGUUACCAGUAUUGCAAUUAUUUCUGUAUUUGUUACAGAUAUUAGUAUAUUUUUUUGUUUUUAUAUUUCUACUGGUUUCCAUUUUGAUACCCACCAUGAUCUUAAAUCUAGUUUGCAUGUAGUAAAGUGUAUAUUAUUGUUAUUAAUUGGACAGUUAUAACACACCUAAAUAGAUCCUUAUCAUUUGAUUGGUGUAUUUUGUAUCACGUGAUAUUGGUUGGUUCCAUCCUUGAAUUUUUGUUCCAUUAAUUUUGUCCCAUUGCACGCACUCUGCAACCUUUUCAUUUUCUGGACGAUGGACUGUUCUAUUCAGAAAAA